UGAGAGAGAGAGAGCCAUCCUUCGCUCGUCCGUCCGUAGGCGCUCGAGUGUCACUUUCGGAGUUUUUCCACUAACCGAACGGGAAGUUUGCCGGAGAGUCUUAUUGGAAAUCGAUUUCUGGCGAGCGACGCCCUGUCUCCUGCUUGUUUUCGACGUCGGGUUCUGACCGUAGAGGAGAUUGGAGGGGUUGUUUUGAAUUUCAAAUCAAGAUUGUGCAUGCUUUAUAAGGUUGUUACAGUUUACAGUCUAUAUACCCUUUCUUAUCAGCGGCUUCAUCGAUUCUGUUCAUGUCUAAUUGAGCAAUUGACAAAGAGGAGCAUCCUGUGAGAGGAGGAUUUCUGGACAGAUAGGGGAUCUGUAAUCUGCUAAAGCAUGGGUCAGUUAUCUUUUGGGAUUAGUUCCAUCGUGGCACUGACGUUCUUUGUGUUGCUUUUGACGUCACACUUGUGCAAUGGAUUUUAUCUUCCUGGAAGUUAUAUGCACACGUACUCUACUGGGGAGGAGAUAUUUGUGAAGGUUAAUUCACUGACCUCAAUUGAGACUGAACUUCCUUUCAGCUACUACAGCCUGCCAUAUUGUCAGCCCCCAAAUGGGAUAAAGAAGAGUGCUGAAAAUUUAGGUGAACUCUUGAUGGGUGAUCAGAUUGAUAACUCACCUUAUCGUUUCCACAUGAAUUUGAACGAGUCUUUGUUCCUGUGCGUGACAAAACCGCUGAAUGAGGAUGAAGUUAAAGUUUUGAAGCAAAGAACCAGGGACUUGUAUCAGGUGAAUGUGAUCUUGGACAAUCUACCAGUCAUGCGGUUUGCUGAGCAGAAUGGUGUUCAGAUUCAAUGGACUGGUUUCCCAGUAGGUUUCAAAACUCAAUCUGGAAAUGAAGACUACAUUAUUAACCAUCUGAAGUUCAAGGUUUUAGUGCAUGAGUAUGAAGGCGCUGGUGCACCGGUGCUUAUCACUGGAGAUGAAGGGAUGGGUGUCAUUACUGAAUCUAAUGAGAAGAAAGGUUCUGGGUUUGAGAUUGUUGGCUUUGAGGUUGAGCCAUGCAGCAUCAAGCGUAACAUUGAUGCCAUGUUGAAGCUCAAGAUGUAUGAUAAGAUCGAACCCACGGAGACCUGUCCAGCAGGUGGUGAUGGUUUCCAGGUUAUAAGAGAGCAGGAACGUGUGGCUUUCACAUACGAGGUUAAAUUUGUGAAGAGCGAUAUCAGGUGGCCAUCUCGUUGGGAUGCCUAUCUGAAAAUGGAGGGAGCUAGGGUACACUGGUUCUCUAUAUUGAACUCUCUGAUGGUGAUCUUCUUUCUAGCGGGCAUAGUUUUUGUUAUAUUUUUAAGAACUGUAAGGAGGGAUCUUACCAGAUACGAGGAACUGGACAAAGAAGCACAAGCUCAGAUGAAUGAAGAGCUAUCUGGUUGGAAGCUUGUCGUGGGUGAUGUAUUUCGGGAGCCUGAACACUCCAAACUUUUCUGCAUGAUGGUUGGAAAUGGAGUGCAAAUUGGUGGAAUGGCCGUAGUGUCUAUCGUGUUUGCUGCUCUUGGAUUUAUGUCUCCUGCAUCUAGGGGAAUGCUAUUGACAGGAAUGAUAGUCCUGUAUCUUUUCCUUGGAAUAGCUUCUGGUUAUGUUGCUGUUCGACUCUGGAGAACAAUCAAGGGCGAUCCUUUAGGUUGGAGGUCUGUGUCAUGGUCGGCAGCUUGUUUCUUUCCAGGAGUAGCCUUCAUCAUUCUCACAGCAUUGAAUUUCCUCCUCUGGGGAAGCAAAAGUACUGGUGCUAUACCAAUUUCACUAUACUUCAUGCUAUUUUUCCUUUGGUUCUGCAUUUCAGUGCCCUUAACACUCUUGGGUGGAUUCAUGGGUACCCGUGCUGCGCAAAUUGAGUUCCCUGUGAGGACAAACCAGAUCCCCAGAGAAAUCCCUGCGAGGAAGUACCCGUCUUGGCUUCUUGUGCUUGGAGCUGGCACUCUUCCAUUUGGGACGCUCUUCAUUGAGCUCUUCUUCAUCAUGUCCAGCAUCUGGCUUGGCAGGUUCUACUAUGUCUUUGGUUUCCUGCUCAUUGUGCUAGUUCUGCUCGUGAUUGUCUGUGCUGAGGUCUCCGUGGUGCUCACCUACAUGCACCUCUGUGUGGAGGAUUGGAGGUGGUGGUGGAAGGCAUUCUUUGCAUCUGGUUCUGUUGCGCUCUACGUGUUCCUCUACUCCAUCAAUUAUCUAGUUUUUGAUCUGAGCAGCCUUAGCGGUCCUGUAUCUGCCAUGCUUUACCUUGGGUAUUCUCUACUUAUGGCAUUUGCCAUCAUGCUAUCGACAGGAGCCAUUGGCUUCCUUAUAUCCUUCUACUUUGUCCAUUACCUCUUCUCAUCAGUAAAAAUUGACUAGACAAAAAGAUUUGCAGGUCCAGUUAGGAUGUCUGUGGAGUUCACACAAAUUGACUUCUGAAAAUCUUGUAUGGAAAUGUUAGCCUGUCUUGUACGGUAUGUUGAAGGCCGCUCUUUAGUAUGAAUUUGGUGGGAAGCUGUCAGUUCAGCUCUUCAAUGGGAGCUCUUUUUGUGUUGCAUUUACGUUGUUCUAGUUAGUGUAGCUGGUAUUGACCUGAUUCUUUUUCUAUAUUUGAACUGUUUUUGUCUCUCUUGCUUGGUUUUUGGAGGCACCGGUAGAAUUGAUGUGAAUGGUUGCUCUUUAUUUGUUGGGAUUGUCGGAAGCAGAGGGUUUUAGUAAUGUGCUUGAUAGUACGGACGGUAAAGUGGUGAUGCCCCUACAGGAGGGAGAGAGAGGGAGCGUUGGUGAUUACGGGAGGCCAUUGUACGAUCUGAGUCAAAGUGGGAUUGUUCAGAAUCUUCAGAUCACUACUUUCUUCAUGAAUUGUAGUUCCUUUGUUAUGAUUUGCA